AUGGAGGAUGAGGACAUCCGCGAAGCCACCGCCUCGGAGCGACUCACGCUCAUCGAAGAAUACGAAAUGCAGCGCAAAUGGCGCGAAGACGCCGACAAGCUCACCUUCAUCGUGUGCCUACCUCCGGCCACCCCCGGGGGCCCCGUCGACGACAGCCCCUCGCGCAUGAUCGGCGACGUGAACCUGUUCCUGUACCUCGAGGACAGCGAGACGGAGGUUGACGCGAGCGGCGAAGCACGACAGGUGGCCGUCGGCGAGAUCGAGAUCAUGGUUGCGGAGAAGGCGCACCGCGGGCGUGGGCUUGGAAGGGGCGCGUUGCUGCUGUUCCUCGCAUAUGUGCUUGCGCAUCAGGGGGAGAUUAUGGAGCAGUGGGGGCAGCCGGGGGUGGGCGUGUUGGAGGCGCUGAGGGUCAAGAUUGGGAGCGCGAAUGAGAAGAGCUUGAAGCUGUUUGAGAGUGUGGGGUUUGUGAAGAAGAGUGAGGUGGAGAGCUAUUUUGGCGAGUUUGAGUUGGUGUUGAGUGAUAUGGAGGUGGAGGGGAUGGAGAGUAGGGUGAGGGAGUUUGGGAUGGAGUGGUGGAGCGAGGUGGUGUAUGGGGUGGGGGUGGUGUAG